UCCCGCUUCGCGCUUCGCGCUUCGCGGCUGUCCACGCGAUGGCAUCCGAUGGUGGAGUGGCUUCAUCAGACGAACAAAACGCGGUGUACAUGAGGUUAGCCCUGAAGGAGGCGGAGAUGGCUCUGAGCAAAGGAGAGGUUCCGGUGGGCUGCGUCGUUGUGCAUAAGCCUACCGCGCGGAUUAUCAGCUGUGGCCACAACGAGACUAGCGAAGCCUUUAACGCUACCCGACAUGCUGAACUUGUGGCGAUCGACGGCAUUCUACGAGCACAGACCGAUCUCUCCCUAUUAAGAGAAUGUGACCUGUUUGUUACAUGUGAGCCGUGCAUCAUGUGUGCGGCAGCACUGCGCGAUGUGAAGAUCAAGACAGUCGUGUUCGGUUGCAGUAAUGACCGAUUUGGAGGCUGUGGGUCUGUGCUCAGUGUUCAUGACGGCAGUCUACCGAUAUCAGGUCACACGUACCCGUGCCAUUCAGGACUUCUGGCGGACGAAGCAAUUGCACUCUUCAAGCAAUUCUAUUCUAGGCAGAACGUUAAAGCACCAGAGCCCAAAAGAAGGAAGAUGGGACGACAGGAGCAACCACGUGCGGAGACGAGAUAACGCAGGUUUCAUCGGGAGAAGCCAGCUUGAGAUAACCUUGAAUAGAGUUGAGUUUUUUGGUAUCAGGCGCAGGCGGAACUGAAAGCUGGCAUUCACAUGGGUGGGUUUGGAUUGAAUAAUAUUCAGAGGUCCACCCAAUCUGUAUUUUUUGCUACGACGACCAGUUUUACUGUUUUCGCUGUAUAUCGCUGAUUUUGACCAGCGCGCCACGAAACUUCCUGCAUAUAUCCUAUUUCGCAACUUCAUACUUUCGUCACUAAAGCACGAAUUAGGAAGUGUGUUUUUGUACGAUUUGGAAUUGACGAUUACGGAGGAUGUUGAGGUUGGGUUUAGGUACCUCGUGGCGUUAAGCAGGUCAUGCCCAAUGCAGCACACGAGUUUUCGCCGAAAACGGGUUAGGGGAUGCUGUCCUUGCGAUAGGGCCAUGGUACAGGGCACGGGUACGUAACAGUCGAUCCUUCGUUUUCGGGCGAAGGGCGAAGGGAUAUGAGAGUGUAUGCGCUGCCAGUGAGCACGUUGUUCUAUCUUAGUAUCAGUGGUAUCUGUUGAAAGAGGGAUCGUGAAUUACUCAGGCUGAAAAAGGCGUGGUUACGGGGACUG